AUGGACAAUCAAAGAAAGAAGCGAAACUCGAUUCUCAAAGUUCGCCAAGAAACGAACUUAAUGGAUGUUUUGGAGGAUACAACGGUGGCAACGUCAAGCGGUGCGACGAAUCGACGCGUCAGCUUUCAUCAGUUGAAACAAGUCAAAAAUUACGAUCGUGCUGGAGGACAAAUCAUCGAUGCGACGCCGAUCAAGGAGAAGGCGUACGAUACGAUGAGCUCGGACGGAAAUUCCACAUCGCACACGACUCGUCUCGACAUGGAUAUCACUGGAUUAAACAGUACACCAGUCACUCCGAAGACGCAAACUCCAUUCAACGGAUCCAUGGAUAUGUCUGUGGAGAAUUACGACGAAACCGCACGUCUCUUCGAUAUCACAAGAGACAAAACCAUCUGUGUAUACGAGAAAACCGUUGAGACGACGACGACAAAAGUUGUGGAGAGAGUUGUGAGAGUUCCAGAAGGUUCUUCAGGAGCCAACAAUGACACUUUGGCACUCUUCAAUAUGACAGAUCGAGCUGAGGUGGAUAUGUCGGUUGAUGGAGGAAGUGAAGGAGCGUUGAAGGUCGAUGAUACGAUUUCCGUGUUCAAUCAAACGAACGUCGAGCCAGUCGAUAUGGAUAUCACCGUUCAGAAGCCGCUCGACGACACAAUGGGCGUCUUCAGAAGUCCAGCGAUUCCAACUUCUUCAAGAAUUCAGAAGACGUCAGCGUCAACAAUGGAUUCUCAGAAUAUGUCGAUGUCUAUGGAUAUGGAUAUCACCAGCAACGAGAUGAUGGCCGCAUUCAAAUCUCCAAAAAUUAUGUCUUCUGUCCUCGUCGCCGCCGUCAAGGACUCCGAUGACAUGGAUUUGACGGGGCUUGUGAACACUGCAGCCGAAGACGUUGCAGAUGACACGAUGGCGGUGUUCAGAACACCAACAAGGGCUCAGACGACGAUUCAGAAGACGUCGGGAGAGAUUCCAGAAUCCGUUGACAUGGAGAUGACGGGAAUCGGGAAUUCUGACGCCCCAGAUGACACGAUGGCGGUGUUCAGAACGCCAACAAGAGCUCAGCAGACGGUUCAGAAGACGUCAGGAGAGAUUCCAGAAUCCGUUGACAUGGAGAUGACGUUGCUGGCGUUGCUUCAGCCAGUUUCAGACGUCAAGGAUAAUUUUGAUGACGUGGCAAUGGAUAUCACUCAACAAACACUGGUCGGGGUUUCAGAUGACACGAUGGCGGUUUUCAAAAAUCCAGCAGCAGAGAAAAAGACUCCCGGCAAACCACUAUUCGACGAAAGCAUGGAAAUCGAGUCGACGAUCGUUUGUCCAGACAAUGUGACGUUUUCUGAGACUGCUCAGCCUGAAAAUCCCGCUUAUCACAGCUCCAUGUUGAUGUCUAUGGCGUCGGAAGUUUCAGAAGACGUCGUGGUUCAGAAGACGUCAGAAUCUCUUCAACAGAGUUCUAUGAGGAUGUCGACGACGAUCACUGAAGAUGUGACUGCUUCUAAGAAUCCAGAAUCCUCCACGAUUUCAGAAGUUCAGAAGAUUCCAGAAGUUGUUCAGAAGACGUCAAAUGGUGUAGAAGACAUUCAGAAUGCGUCAGAAACUCCAGAAGACGUUAGUAUGGAAAUCACGUCAGAAGUCGUCGAAGGUGAACGCGGAACGAUGUAUCAGAUGUCAACGAUGGAUGUGGAUAGUCUUCAGAAGACGUCGUUGGCAUCUCCAAAGAUUCAGAUGACGUCGUUCACCGAUACUUCUGAAAAAAUGGGCGGAGUUUCGGAAACGUCAUUGAUCCAAACGAUGAUGAUCGAAGCGUCGGAAUCCAUGGAAUGUUCAGAAGCUCCAGAAGAUGUUACAGCUUCUCCAGAAGGUCUGACGAUGGCUCCAGAAGACGUCACUGUCGCUUCAAAUGUCUCUGGAAUCGUCUCAGUAUCUUCUAUCUCUAGAAGACGUCGUUCUCAACUUCAGGAGUCGUUGCAUCGGGAAUCGCCACGACGAAUGGCACUGGAGAAGAAUCUGUCGAUGAUGAGUCAAAUGGGCGGAGCUUCAGAAGCGUUGGCUGAAUUCCGUCAGAAUAAGCUGAAAAAUCAGACGACGUUGUUGAAUGAUAGUGUGAAUACGACGAUCGGGGCGAAUACAAGUGAAUCGAUUGGAAGAGACAUUUUCAAAAUGAACACCUCAAUCCGUUCGCCAGCUCAUCGCAGCAGCACCGCGCCAUCUCCAAUGGUCUCGAAGACCCUUCCAGAAUCUCCGAAAUUCCACGUCACUCCAUUCGACGCCGCCAUCGUCAACGUCAUCUAUCUGACUCCAGAAGACGCCGAGACACAGGAGCCAAUUCCAGAAGCAUUUGAAUUUGAGAAAGUUCUCUCUGCCGAAGAAUCAAACGUUCAUAAGGAAAUCGACACGGCUAAUUGGUCAAUUAGCGGUGCAAUUAAGUCGAAUCUGGAUGCGGAAGUGAUGAACAUCGCUCGGGGACAAGCGGAAAUGAAAUUUUUGGAGCUUCGUGGCAAAUUUGCAAAGGAGAGCAAUGUGGAGAUUGCUCAGAAGAUUCAAGAGCUGGAAUCUCAGAAUUUAGAAUUGGCUGGAAAAAUUAGAGAUUCCCAAAAUCUUCGAGUACUUCAAAAACAGAUCGAAGAGCUUCAAAAACCACAAUUUUCGUUGGAGGAAGCGGAAAGAAUCGAGAAUGAGUACCACGAGACGAAAGUGGAAUUGCUGAGAGCUCAAGCAGCAAGUAUUCGACGUCAACACGAACUUCUAAUGACGAUUCGCGAGGAGAGACGUCGAUUGAUUCACGAGAUUGAGGAGAAAGACGAAUUGUUGGCACGGUUGGAAGAAGAGGAUCGAAAGAAGAAGGAGGAGAUGGUGGAGAGAGUUCGAGGUGUGAUGAGAGCAUAG